CUCCCCGCCGCUGCGCUGCUGGCCCGGGGCAUCGCAGAGCCAGAAUCCAUGCUCGCUUCAGUGAGCGCCGUCGGUGGGGAGGCCGAGAGGUGUGUUUUGGAAAGAACGCUUGUCUUGGCAGCUCUGGGGGGUGUACGUGGCAGAGACUGGGGGGCACUUGAUCCAGGGGUGAACGGACCGCAGGCUGGGGAGGGUGAAGGGGUGGGACCUGGUGCUCUUGAGUGACAGCUCAGAACCACACGGGCUGCCUGUGACUAAGGAUCCUGUUUGGUUCUGGAAUGACCCAGGCCACCAAGGUUGUGAGCCCCACGUGCUACCCUGUACACUGGGCACCCUCCCAGCCCUGACCUCCACCCACAGAGGCUGCCCGUGUGCUCCAGGGUGCGUUUGGGGCCCCAGGCCGGUCAGUGUGGCAGGAAGUGUGACCCAGCCAUCUCCAACAUGCACCCAAGUCCUGGUCCGUCGGCCCAUCUUCCAGGAGGUCUGUGGCAUCCUGAUCGUGAUGUGGGGUCACCUACUGCAGAGGCCUGUGAGGUCAUCCUUCCAGCUGUUCCCGAGUCGGGGGCGCCUCUGUGCCUUGAACACCCGUGGCAAGGACAGGGCCCUGCAGACGUGGUUACCCCUCCCACCAUCCACAGCCAGCUCGGAGACCGAGCCUGCCCUAGAACCACAUGGUCUCCACCAGGGUGGCCUGUGAUGAACUUCAGCAAGUAAGACAGUCUGCUGGGUGUCUUCUGGGAAGGGGAUUGAUCUCUGAAAAUGACAGGCAAGCAAGGAGAGCUUGGCGCCCUACCUCUUCCAACCUUAAAUACAUUUAGGUGAGGGUGUGAUGUGUGGCGCUACGGCAGCCAUCUUGCAACCAGGAAUCCAACUUUAAAAUGAAGAGCCAGUGUCCUGGGGAUAGUGAAGCAGAGGCUGGGCCCAGGAGGUGAUGAAACUGCUCACCCCCCAGGCCUGGUGCCCACCCAGUGCUCUGUCGUGCUGCUCCGUCUAAUGGGGGUGAGAAGACAGCCAAGGCCCUCACAUCUAGGCACCUGCUGUAAAGGCUCAGCUGACCACUCAGGCCUUGUGCUGCUCGUGCAUUGCUGAUGGGUUGUGCUCUUUCCCAUCAAGUCACACCCCACCUCAGGUCUUCAGCAUGGGCACCAAAGGGUGGGCACAAAGGCCCCUCCUUUCCCUGCGUUAAAGGAAACUAGACAACCCUGGAACCCAGACCCUAUGACCCAGCUCUGGGCUAGGUCUUCCUGAGAUCUCUCCGUGGUGAGGGGAGGGGGCAGGGGCGCUGGCUGCACUCCCUGUGGCUGCUGUGAGGGGACCCCCAUCGGGGGACCCCCAUGAAGGCAGGCCUAGCCGGUGUGGCCGUGGCUAGACAGGGGCGCCCCUGGGCUCUGCAGGCAGAAGCUCCUCAGGCUCCAGCUCCCACGAGCUCCCUCACAUGGUGAGCCUUCGUGUGCUGCGGGCCUGACCCUGUUCUGGUGCUGGGGACCCAGCACUGAGACAAUUCCUGCUCUCACAGCCUCAUGAGUGGUCGGCACGUGGUCUCAUGUGGUAUGUCCUCUGAGGAGGUGGCCGUCCCCCCCCACCUGUCUCUGGCCAGUCCUCGCUUGCUUUCUUCCGGGGGCACUGGAGGUCGAGUGGGUAGGACUGGCUGCAGGGUUAGCUGUGGUUUCACGUGGCCGUUUCCCAGGACUGUGACCAAUCGCAGCUCAGCUGUACCUGCUCUCCCCCUCCCUCGGGGUGAGAACCAGACAGGGAGUCUCGAGGCCUCCCCAGGAAGGGGGCUGUGGUCUCAUGGCAAAGGCCGCCCAGUUCUCCUGGCCUUUGAAGUCUCAGGCUGGGGGCGCUGGGUCUGGGGAGGCGCAGCAAUCUCAAAGGCCUCAUUUAUGGAGCCGUGAUGACAUGUAAGCUAGAGGCAGGACACUGCUUGCCCGGCGGCCAGGGAGUCCUGGGACUCACGUGACAGAGACACCAGGGUUCAGGGCAGCGAUGCCAGCACUGCCCCCACCGUGGCUCUGCCUCAUGGUCCUGCCCUGGGACCCUUUGCUCCCUUUGGGGUUCUCCACCAGGACGUGGGGCGCCCUGGUUCCUGUGGAGCCCAGGCGAGGCCCUUCCUUCCACGCUCCUCUACGUGGCGGGUGGGGGACUCGUGCACGGCCAGAAACAGGCAAACGGGUCCACCAGGGUGUAAAACGGUUUGGCGGAAUCUACCGAAGCUGAAGGUGUGCCUCUGACCAUGCGGUCCCACCCGUGUGUUACCCAGCAGCAGUGUCUGUGACAGACGGGGGCCACCCAAACGCCCACGCGACCUGCGCGUUAACGACCGCUGCGUGCGUCCGCGAGGGUGCCUCAGUGCUGAGUGAGGAAGGGUCCGGAGUCCACGCGUAUCAGGUUCCAAAACAGGCAAAGUUAACCGAUGGUCGGGGCCGGGAGGACACCCCGGAGGGUCUGGUGCAGUCAGUGUUUGAUUGAUUGGGUGCUGCAUUCCCGGCUGUAUUUGGAUGCGGUGUGCACCAACCUGCAUGUUUAUGAUUCGUGUACUCUCAUGUACGACGCGCUUCAAUAAAUAGCACCAACAGAGGCAAAGGGGGAAAGGGCCGUGUGAGUCGUCAAGGGCAGGGAAGGGAGCUGACGCUGGUGAGCAGGUGCGCCCUCCCCCGUCUGCUGAGGGGCACAGGACGGACCCAAACAGGAACAUCACAGCCCAGCGCCUUCAAAGCACCAGACCCUCGGCCGGCCUCUGACUUCCCCCACCCGUGAGGGGCCGGCCCUGCGGUCCAUGCCCACCCCGCCCUCAGAGGAGGCUUUGUCGUCAGCACCGGGCACUCUUUAGUGACAGAGUGCUGGCUCGGCUGCGGUGACCUUUUGCAGAGGCAGUGGGGACCGUCGGGGGAGGUCUGGCAGCUCUGUCCCCGCCCCUGCCCCGGGAGGAGCUGGAGCGCAGGAAGCGGCUGGGGGUCCUUGGGGCAGGACCGCCUUCAGUCCGCGUUUAACGUGGGGCAGGCUGGUGUGUGUGCAUGCGUGUGUGUGUGUGUGUGUGUGUUCCUGAGGCAGGAUCCGACGGCUUCAGGGAGGAGGUGGUGGUCUUGCAUCGGGCCUGGAAGAGGGCUGGAAGUCUCCGAGGCAGGUCCGGAGCGGGACCCCCGCGCCCGCGACACCUGGAGGGGAGGUGAGCUGAGCACGGCGCGGCUGGCCAGACUGCAGUGGUCUGAGCGCCAAGCUGCCGGGACAGGCCCGGAUGGAGCUGCGCCAUCUAGCGGCAGCCCUCACGCUGCAGCCCGGGCACACGCCCGUCGCGGUGCCGCCCUCAGGGGGAGGGCCUCUGCGGAAGACUUUAAAGGUCCUGAGGAAGGCAGGCGGUCUCGUAGGACCGAAGGUAGCAAGAGGGCUAGAAAUGUCCGGAUCUGGGCGACCGCGCCUCCAGGGAAGAGGGGAGGUGGACUGAGGACCAGGACAGAGACACUGAGCCCGCAAGGCUGGCAACUGGGAGCUUGGGGUCCUGGCUGGUAAGUGACGACUGGUGGAGAGGCCCGGGGCCGUGCCUGGGCCGACAUUUGUCCAGCCCCGGAGGACGGAGUGUGAGGGGCCUCCCGGUGGAGCCAUGAGCUGGGCGGGACCCUGAGAGCAAGGACCCCUUCCUGCUCCCUGGCAGGACGAUGCCUGUGCUCGGCCCCCAGAGGCAGCUGCUGAGUCCCCUCAACUCCACGUCCCCAGCCACCCCCCGCCUCGGGCUGGCCACCAACCAGACGGGGCCCCAGUGCCUGGAGGUGUCCGUUCCCGAAGGGCUGUUCCUCAGCUUGGGGCUGGUGAGUCUCGUGGAGAACAUGCUGGUGGUGGCCGCCAUCAUGAAGAACCGCAACCUGCACUCGCCCAUGUACUACUUCAUCUGCUGCCUGGCCGCGUCCGACCUGCUUGUGAGCAUCAGCAACGUGCUGGAGACGGCCGUCAUGCUGCUGCUGGAGGCCGGCGCCCUGGCCCCUCGGGCCGCCGUGGUGCAGCAGCUGGACGACGUCAUUGAUGUGCUCAUCUGCAGCUCCAUGGUGUCCAGCCUCUGCUUCCUGGGCGCCAUCGCCGUGGACCGCUACAUCUCCAUCUUCUACGCCCUGCGGUACCACAGCCUCGUGACAUUGCCCAGGGCGUGGCGGGUCAUCGCGGCCAUCUGGGUGGCCAGCAUCCUCGCCAGCACCCUCUUCAUCGCCUACUACAACCACGCGGCCGUCCUGCUCUGUCUCGUGAGCUUCUUCGUAGCCAUGCUGGUGCUCAUGGCGGUGCUGUACGUCCACAUGCUGGCCCGGGCGUGCCAGCAUGCCCGGGGCAUUGCCCGGCUCCACAAGAGGCAGCGCUCCACCCAGCAGGGCUUUGGCCUCAAGGGCGCAGCCACCCUCACCAUCCUGCUGGGCACCUUCUUCCUCUGCUGGGGCCCCUUCUUCCUCCACCUCUUGCUCAUCGUCCUCUGCCCUCAACACCCCACCUGUGUCUGCAUCUUCAAGAACUUCAACCUCUUCCUCACCCUCAUCAUCUGCAACGCCAUUGUGGACCCUCUCAUCUACGCCUUCCGCAGCCAGGAGCUCCGGAAGACGCUCCAAGAGGUGCUGCAGGGCUCCUGCUGUCGGCAGCGCUGCUCCAAGGACUUUGUGACCAGCAAGGAGGAAGGCGUGGAGCCGCCACCCCUGGGGCGGCGGGAGGAGGCGCUGCAGCGCGCGGUGGAGCGGGGAUGCGCGGUGCUGAUGCUGCAGCCCUGCCGCAUUCUGCGGCGGCGUCCCCGGAUUGGCCAUCCUCCGCAGCCAGCCCCGGCCCCAGCGCGUCCGCCUGCGUCCCGCAGCCGCCCGCCACACGCACCGAGCAUGAGGGAGAUCGUGCACAUCCAGGCCGGCCAGUGCGGCAACCAGAUCGGGGCCAAGUUCUGGGAGGUCAUCAGCGACGAGCACGGGAUAGACCCCAGUGGCAAUUAUGUAGGGGACUCGGACCUGCAGCUGGAGCGCAUCAGCGUCUACUACAACGAGGCCUCUUCUCACAAGUAUGUGCCUCGGGCCAUCCUGGUGGACCUGGAGCCUGGAACCAUGGACAGCGUCCGGUCUGGGGCCUUUGGGCACCUCUUCAGGCCUGACAACUUCAUCUUCGGUCAGAGUGGGGCCGGCAACAACUGGGCCAAGGGCCACUACACGGAGGGUGCCGAGCUGGUGGACUCGGUCCUGGACGUGGUGCGGAAGGAGUGUGAGAAUUGCGACUGCCUGCAGGGCUUCCAGCUGACCCACUCGCUGGGGGGCGGCACGGGCUCGGGCAUGGGCACCCUGCUCAUCAGCAAGGUCCGCGAGGAGUACCCCGACCGCAUCAUGAACACCUUCAGCGUGGUGCCCUCGCCUAAGGUGUCGGACACGGUGGUCGAGCCCUACAACGCCACGCUGUCCAUCCACCAGCUGGUGGAGAACACGGACGAGACCUACUGCAUCGACAACGAGGCGCUGUACGACAUCUGCUUCCGCACUCUCAAGCUGGCCACGCCCACCUACGGGGACCUCAACCACCUGGUGUCGGCCACCAUGAGCGGGGUCACCACCUCCCUGCGCUUCCCGGGCCAGCUCAACGCCGACCUGCGCAAGCUGGCCGUGAACAUGGUGCCCUUCCCGCGCCUGCACUUCUUCAUGCCCGGCUUCGCCCCGCUCACCGCCCGCGGCAGCCAGCAGUACCGCGCGCUGACGGUGCCCGAGCUCACCCAGCAGAUGUUUGACGCCAAGAACAUGAUGGCGGCCUGCGACCCCCGCCACGGGCGCUACCUGACCGUGGCCACUGUCUUCCGGGGCCGCAUGUCCAUGAAGGAGGUGGACGAGCAGAUGCUGGCCAUCCAGAGCAAGAACAGCAGCUACUUUGUCGAGUGGAUCCCCAACAACGUGAAGGUGGCCGUGUGCGACAUCCCGCCCCGCGGGCUCAAGAUGUCCUCCACCUUCAUCGGCAACAGCACGGCCAUCCAGGAGCUGUUCAAGCGCAUCUCGGAGCAGUUCACAGCCAUGUUCCGCCGCAAGGCCUUCCUGCACUGGUACACGGGCGAGGGCAUGGACGAGAUGGAGUUCACCGAGGCCGAGAGCAACAUGAACGACCUGGUGUCCGAGUACCAGCAGUACCAGGACGCCACGGCCGAGGAGGAGGGGGAGAUGUAUGAAGAUGAUGACGAGGAAUCCGAGGCGCAGGGCCCCAAGUGAAGUGGCUGAGGGGUGGGACGCGGCCGCGGCCAGGACCGACAGGUCUGUCCCCUGAGCCAUGUAGCCACUGACACACCCCUGCCCUUUCCCCCACCAGGCCCUGUCAUGUCACCCUAGGGCUCCCAAGUGUGUGUCCUUUAGUACUUACAGCAUCCCCGCCCCGUGUGAGUCUUCUCCGCUGUCUUCCGCCAUAGGUCAAAUCCAUUUUGCGUGGCCCGUUUGUCUCUCUGCUUUAUCAUCAGCUCCAGGCCUGAUGUUUUAUGGUUUGGUUCGUUUUUUUUACUGGUUUGUGUUUAUAUCUUGGGGGGAUACUUAAUAAAUUUAUUGCUGUCGGAUACCC